ACUCCCUGCACAGCAUGACACUGACGCCGAUCAUCGCGCACCUCGCGCCCAGCGGGCAGCGCGCAUACCACGCCGUCCUCACGCCCACCUCGCUGCACCUCCUCUCGCCCGCCGGCGCCCCGCUCGCCGUGCUCCCGUGCGCGCUGCCGCCGGCGCGCGCCUCGGCCGCCUUCAUGGCGCAGCGCCACAUCUGCGCCUCGCACGACGGCCGCGCACUCGCCCUCGUCGGCGACGACAAGCGCCUGCGCGUCUUUGCGCUCCACGUCAAGGAGCAGGCCAUCGAGGGCCUGCAGGAGGGCAGCGAGCGCCUCGACUGCCCGCUGCCCAAGCGCGUCUCGGCGCUGGCAUGGGAAGAGGCGGCGGGCGAGGAGCGCAUCCUGCUCGUCGGCGACCGGCACGGCGAUGUGCGCGCUCUGCCCGUCUCCCUCUCCGGUCCUCUUCCCGCGCCUCUCGCACAAGUAGCAGCGGAUAACGAGUCUCCCGACGCCGCCGAGGCUCGCGAAGCAGCGCAGCACCCCGCCAUGACGCCGCGCAUCGGCAGCGUCAGCAUGCUGCUCUCCAUGCUGCCCAUUGCCUCUUCCUCCGCCGCCGCUCCGCCGGCCCAUCUCAUCACCACCGACCGCGACGCGCACAUUCGCAUCUCGCACUGGGGGGCGCAGCGCGCCGGGCACCUCAUUGCGCGCUUCCUCCUGCGCGCCACGCUGCCAGUCUCGGCGCUUGCGCGUCCCCUCUCGCAGCCAGACCUCCUCCUCGCCUCCGAAGGCCCGCGUCUGCGUCUCUGGGCAUGGCGCGCCGGCGAGAUGCGCGCGCUGUGGGAGAUGCCGCACGUGGAGAAGCACGUGUGUGUGGAUGCACAGAUGGAGCGGAUGCGCGAGAAUGGCAGCUUGGGCAAGUGGAAUGCGCGCGGCAAGAAGCGCGCUGCGAGGGAGGAGGAGGGAGAGGAGGUGAAGCUCAGAGAGGAGCCAAAGACGCUCGUCGUGCGGGAGAUGCAGGUGGUGAGGGAGGGAGACAAGGAGUGGCUCGUCUGGGUACUGGAUGGAUCAACGGCAGUGCACAUGCUCCCCCUCCACGUCCUCCUCUCCUCGCCCUCCUCCGCGGCACCAGAGGAUCCCUUGCAGUCGGCGUCGGACGAGCCAGCCACAGACGUCUCCUCGCACCUGCAGACGUUCGACUUCAAGCGUCCCGUCCUCUCGCUCGCCGUCGUCGAGCAUGGAGAGCAGGGCCUGCAGCUGUGGGCUUCGUUGGAUAUGCGGGCCGAUGUGGGAGCGGGAGAGGCGGGCGAGGAGGAGGAGGAUGUCAAGGUGCUGGAGAUCAAGGAUGGAGGCGUGAGUGAACCUCUUGCCCUUGCCUCUCUUCUUCUCCUGCGGAACACAGGAGAUGCCGCAAGCUGACCCAUCCCUUCGUGCUGUCGCAGCUGCACGCAUCGACCGCAGGCACCGACCUGGUCGCCGCUCUUGGCACUCGGGAAACCCUCGACGCCGCAGCUCUCUCCACCCUCGCUCUCUACCCGCAUCUCACCGCCUCGCCCAAGCCCA